AAGGUCCUCCUGGUAUCAAGUGCCGAUCGAUAGUGAGCUCGAAACAUUUCAAUCGCCUCUCAUUGAUAAUUCCUGGUGCUGACUAACAUCAUUACAAAUAGUGGGAAGGAAGUAAAAAAUCCAUAUUCACAACAACCCAACCAUGCGAGUGCUUCUCCCUUUUCUCCUGGCCGGCCUUUUGGCCUUCAGUGGUGUAUGCAGUCUUAGUGUUGGCCAAGCUGAAAUUGUGGGGAGUGAUGGCCUAGAUGAAGAUAGUCCCAUUGCCGAUGAUGACUCAUUCACCCUCAAAUGUGAUAUUCAAGUUCAGGGAUCCAAUGAUGGUUGGUUGUUAUGUAUGUGGACUCACGAAUUGGAAGAUGAACAAGAUGCUAACAAUGAAGACCUUCGCAUUGUUUGUUCCACGUCUCCUGAUGGAUCUGCACAAUGUUCCAAUAAGGGCGGAUCUUCCGAGCUCAGCUCUUAUGCUUCCAGAGUGACCCUCGUGACGUCGAGCAAUAGCUGUGGGGUGACCGUGCGAGGGGCUGAAGCCCGUGAUAAUGGACGUUGGGAAUGUCACGUCACAGAUUCUUCAAUUUCUGGGUCUCAGCAUUACAGUUUCGUUGAUAUCCAUGUGGCCAACCAGACGACCAUCUUCAUCACGGAUCCCGAUAUGGAAGAGGACAGCUCACAAACCAUCGAAUACGACCUCGAAGACGAACGGGCCGAAAUCGAAGCCACGUGUACUGGCUAUGGCGGAAAACCUGAGCCCACCUUCAGAUGGUACAUCAAUGACGAUCGCAAUGAAAUUUCCGAAAACGAUCUGCAACGCCGACUUCGACCCGGAGAAGACAGUAUUUUGGGCGAAUACGUGGAAGAAACUAUUAUCUUCCAACCAACUCUGGAGGAUCUUUGCAAUAGCUACGAUAUCGAUGAUUACGCGUGCGAAACGAACAAGCCCAGAUAUCAUUUCUUCAACUUUAAUUUGAUCUGUAAAGCUGAUCAAGGCGUUUAUUUCGAAAGAGAGAAUGAAGACCAAGAAGCCAUGGUGACAGUGGAUGUGGUGAGCGGUUCCACGGCUCCUUUAGCGUCAGUGGUUGUUUUACUCUUGUCUUCUAUUAUUUCUCAAUGGUGAGAGUGUCAUUGUCUUCAGUUGAUUUGGUUUCCUCAAUAAAAUAAAAACCUGGUAGUAAACAUUAAAAUCGAACAA